AUGGCUUUGUCAAGUCCUCCCCGGGGUGUCCAGCCCGGCGAUCUCCUGGUCGUUGUCCACGACUUCGAUGCGCGCGGUAACGACGAACUUACUUUACGCCGAGGAGACAAACUCGAGUUAAUUGAACUGGACGAUGGUUUUGGUGAUGGAUGGUUUCUCGGAAAGGAUUCAAAAACAGGAACGACCGGUCUUUUUCCUGGAGUCUAUACUACCUUCAGCCCGCGAAUUAACACUCGACCGCAAACGGAUACGUCACAGCACCGCGACUCCGGUUCGCAAAAUGGAAAGCCCGAUGUAAUCCUAGGUGCGCCGGUUGCAUUGAAAAGUAGUCAAUCCACCCCGCAAGCUUCGCGCCAUGCUAGCGCCUCCGGUCUGCAGGUGCCGGAAAUCGAUCCUCCGACACCCCCUUCGCCCAAGCAACAACUGCAGCCGCAACAAAGAUCGAGCUCGUCUCCACUGCCGACUCGGAAUAUGACUCUUGAUGUUCAGCAGUCGUUCAAACAGUCCCUUGCGCAUCAGAUGAGUGGUCAGGACAGUCCGGUCAUGAACGAGACCUUGAGCGUUAUCGAUGAGCACAUCACCGACUUGAGUACCCCACGACAUAGCUUGGCGCCCCCGGAACCCAGGGUGCGAAACGAUUCUGAGAGCGAGUACAGCAGCCACCUCGGUCACCGUAUGUCCUACAUCAAUGGCCAUGAGACGGACGAAGAGGAAGAAAGUCAACCUACCGAGGAGCAGGUGCGCGCCUGGGAUCAGCAUGAAACCGCAAAGCGCCUCCGAGAGCUUGACAUCGAUGACAGACACUGCGACAUUUUCGAAGACCAAGAGAUUACCGGUGACGUCCUCCUUGAUAUGUCCCAGGAUUUCGUUAUGAUGAAAGAGUUUGAUUUCGGUGUCAUGGGCCGCCGUUUGAAGACCUGGCACAAAGUGAAAGCUUUUCAGGAAGAGAUCAAGGGGCAACCCGCCUCCUAUCCUCGGACGUCAGAAGAGCGUCCCGAACCUACGGGUACCUUCCUCCCACGCAUCCCAACAUUUUCCGAGAAGACUGGCAGUUACCCUCAGUCGCGAGGUUCGAGCAUUUCGUCGUAUCAACAUCCCCGGUUCGGUGGAAAUAUGCAGAGCAAUACAUCGCCCGCUCCAACAUAUAGCAUCGGUGUUGAAGAAAGACCCUCGGCCGCAUCCAUUCGAAACUUCAACCAUUCCCGCCGUCAUUCGUCGAUCGACACGACCAAUCGCUCCUUCGAGCUGGCUGACUCGGCCCCUCGUGCGUCGCAUCAGCCCAAGCCCUCAUUUGACCGGGCUUGGUCCAUGGCCGGUGGAAACCAACGAAUUUCCCCUCGUCCGGGUACGUCUCUCGGGACGACCACAUCAGAGAGCACGUAUUCUCAGCAAGGAACACGCGGCGUGGACCCUAAUGAAUGUGAUUCAGCCAUUUCGGUGACGGACCGGUACGAUGACCUGGACCGUGGAUACUUCUCAGGACCCGAGGGUGAUACCAAGAAAAGCAAGCGGGUGCUGGUCAAACGGGGUUCCGCGGCUAGUGGGAGUAUCAGCCAUUCCAGGAAGUCAAGCUACAACGACGAACCUUUCAGGGUGGGCAAACGGCAUUCCCGUAUUGGAAGCAUCGACUCGAUUCGCGAUGCCGCCAACCAUGCCUUCGCCUCGUCGAAGCCGUCUUCUUCGGGCCCACCUGUUCCACCCCCUAAGGGCCGUCUCCGGAGUCUCAGCACGCGCAUUGUGGACCGGUCUGGUCACAGUUCGCAAUCAUCCAAUGCGGCCUCAUUGGAGGACAAGACAGCUUCUGGAACCGGGUUCUUUUCGUCUUUGGUUGGUAGCAGUGGAAGUGGUAAAACCGGUGCAGAACCAUCUGCGCGUUCUUCCCCAUUGCCGUUCCAGCAACAUAUCAAGAAUGCUGGUCCUAAAUUUCGACGUGCUGUUGGCCUUCGGACGACGACGGACAUUGUCGGGAAAGUCGACACGUCGGGAGUCCCUUCAUCACCAAUCAAGGACUCGGAUCCGUCGUCUAUCCGAACUGGAUCGACCACGCCGUCUGCCACAUCCAAGAGUUCGGAACGCAUUAGCACUGAACGCCAAAGCACUGAUGGAUCUGGGAAAGCGGUAGAUGGCGCCGGUGGUUUCCCUUUGCCACGUCCCAAGCCCUCUGCCAAGACCUCCGUCAAGACCAAGAAGGACACGAGUGCGUACAUCCAAGGAUUGGAGAAGAAGUCUCCAAAUGAGCAAAUGACGCAAUGUGAUUAUUCGGGUUGGAUGAAGAAACGAUCUUCGAACCUGAUGACAACGUGGAAGCCUCGCCUCUUUGUCUUGCGAGGUCGUCGCUUGUCGUAUUACUAUUCGGAUAAGGACAAGGAGGAACGAGGUCUGAUUGACAUUACUGGGCAUCGUGUUCUUCGAGCAGACAACGACCCGAUCAUCACGCUACAUGCCACUCUCACUGGUGCUACGGCAUCACCAACGUCGCCCGCCGGUGCUACCCAAAUACCCACGGACAAGUUGUCCAAGUCCGAAAGUAGCGGGCCGUUUUUCUUCAAGCUGGUGCCCCCGAAAGCCGGCGUGGCUCGCAGUGUCCAAUUCACCAAACCCGCCGUCCAUUAUUUUCAAGUGGAUACUGUCAAAGAAGGCCGCUUGUGGAUGGCUGCUCUCAUGAAAGCGACUAUCGAACGCGACAUGGAAAUUCCAGUCGAGACCACCUACAAUAUUGAUAAAAAGACCGUCAGUUUGAAGCAAGCUCGACUGAUGAACCAGCGACCGCCUGCGCUUCUCGCCACUCCAACCCCUCAAGAGGAAGACGAGGACAUGGCCGAAGAACGGGCGCAAGAGGCGGGCGAAGAGCCACCGACCACGAACGACGGUACCGGUCUAGGUCUUGGUCUUGAGACUCCCACUAGGGGCGAUGAUGAUGGCCAGACUCCAUCGAGCCCGCUUGCUAAUCAAGCAUCCGAUUUUUCCAAACCCGCAAAUGCUGGGUCCAUUAUCCGGGCCUCCUCGAUGUCCCUCCUUUUCCUCGCUCGCCGUCUUCUCUUCGUCCUCCUUCCAUUGGCGAUAGCAGCCACGGUCUACCACUAUCUUUACCCGGUCUUCCACGGCUGCGCAUUUCCGCUGCCUCAAAAAACAGAAGAAGGGGUUGGAAAACAAGGCACAAAUCCGCUCCUUGCUACUUUCCGACAGCAUGUCGGCACCGCCUCCGCAGACGAACCGGCCAUCUUUCGACUGCUAGUCCUAGCAGAUCCCCAGCUGGAAGGGGACAGCUCGCUCCCGAGUCUUGAUAAUGCGUUCUCGGUGCGGAUUCAGAAACACUGGCUUGCGGUUAAGUUGGCUCUGCAAUACCGCCCCGACGAUGACAACGAUACCAACGAAAGUGAUGCUGACGAGAACGAUACCGACGACGAUAUCAGCAGCCUCGAACACUACUUACGAAAUGCGUACGCUACGAUUUCGACAGCUUGGCGCACCCUCAUAACCAAGGACGUCCCACGCAGCUUGCGCGCUGCUCAGAAACGGCUUGAUUUGCUGGGAAAUGACUACUAUUUGGCACAUAUAUAUCGGACGCUACAUUGGUGGACCCGUCCGUCGCAUGUCACAGUGUUAGGGGACCUGGUUGGCAGCCAGUGGGUGACGGAUGAGGAAUUCGACCGGCGCGGGGACAGAUAUUGGGAUCGGGUAUUCAAGGGUGGUGAACGGGUUGGCGAUGAGAUUACUGUGACGGGGCAAAAGGGACACGACAAUAAUGAAGUUGAUGAUAAAUCUGGGUUGGAGCAACUAGGAGCCAAUCCUGCUUGGGAACAUAGGAUCAUCAACAUCGCAGGGAACCACGAUAUUGGAUACUCGGGGGAUGCCAGUGACUCUCGGUUGGAGCGUUUUGAGCGCGUAUUUGGACGCGCAAACUGGGACAUUCGUUUCCAGCAUCCCCUUUCCGGCCAUGAUAAUUCGACCGUCAUCCCAACACUGCAUGUGAUUAACCUGAAUACCUUGACCUUGGAUUCCCCGGCUCUUUCAGAGAAGAUCCAAGCGGACAGCUACGACUACAUUAAUGACGUGAUCUCCCACCGCACUUGGCCGGUUGAGGAUCGCACGACCUUUACAUUACUUCUCACGCAUCUCCCCAUGCACAAGGAGGACGGAAUUUGCACGGAUGGGCCUUACUUUACGUAUCAUGAAAACGACGACGAGGGUGACACACCCCGCUUCCUGGAGGGAGGGCUGCGGGAACAGAACCACCUUAGUGAUCACCUCAGCACCAACGGCAUUCUGCAGGGCAUUUUUGGCAUGAGCGGGAGUGAAGAAGCCCCCGUUGGCGGAUUCGGUCGUAACGGACUCAUUCUUACUGGUCACGACCACACCGGAUGCGACGUGGUCCAUUUCGUUAAUCGCACAAACGAGGAUGCGACUGAGCAACACGACGAUUCACCAUCCGAAUCCGAACAACAGGCUUGGAAAUGGAAAGCAAAACGGUACACCAGCCACCACGAUACCCCGAAAGAUACCCCGUCCAUCCGCGAGGUCACCCUCCGCUCCAUGAUGGGCGAGUACGGCGGGAACGCCGGUCUACUCUCCCUCUGGUUCGAUGCCGACCCAGCUGUCAACGAAUGGAAAUACGAGAUCACCAUGUGCGCCGCUGGAGUGCAGCAUAUCUGGUGGGCGGUUCAUGUGAUUGACCUCGUGACGGUGGUUGUGUUUUUGUUAUACAUUCUUGCUUUGGCUUUUGGAUCUUCGAAAUCAGGAUCUCCUCAGUUGGAAAAAGUUGGACAGAAAUUUUGA